GCAUCUUCAAACUUUGUGGCGUUACCUGUAGAGUGAGCACUGGAGAAUCACAUUGAUCGCUGAAUCCGCUGACACAAGAGAAGGAACCGACCAGAAAUAAUGAAUGUUUGUCUGUGCAUCCUGCUAUUUAGCCACCUGUUCCUUUAUACUAUAGCUUGGGAUUGUGAAGUGAUACCUGGUACCCUGAAGCAGAUUGAUGCUGGGCUAGGGGUAGUAGGUGGGGUGAACGAUGACAAUGAAGUCUUCCUGUUCCUGGGGACCGGAUUUCAAAGUAUAAGAGCAUCUCUGAAGCACUUUACUGUCGGACCUGCUGGAGAACUAGGGGCAAAUUCAUCAAACAAUGUCUUCAAGUUUGCAGAUGGAAGCUUCAAGCAGAUUCCAAGCAUUCAAUUCAAACAAGUGGAUGCUGGAGGUGACCAGAUUAUUGUAGGUGUUUCACCGGUAGAUGAUGUCUUCUGUUUAAGUAAGGAUGCUAACAAUGUCAGGCCAUCCGGUGAUGCUCCUUGGGUACAACUUGCAGGGAAGCUGAAGUACUACAGCUGUGGCCCGUCCAGCUGUUGGGGAGUGAACGCCGCAGGGAAUGUCCUCCUCAGAAGGUUUGUAACGGGUGCUUCCUGUGGAGGGUCGGGUGCUUUUGAGGCUGUUUCUGGGACUCUGUCCAUGGUUGAAGUAGCAAGUGAUGGUAACGUCUUUGGUGUUGACCCUCAGGGGAAUUUACUGCAAAGAGCUGGUGUCUCUAUAUCGAAUCUCUUUGGAUCAACUUGGACAAAUAUUUUGAUCUGUCCCAACGGCCACAAGCAUGUGACUUAUGAUCUGGGGAGGCUGUAUGUCAUCUGUAGUGAUGGAUCCAUCAGGAGAUGCAUUUAAAUGUCCAACAGAGGACCUCAACUAUCAUUAUAAAUGAAAAAUCCUUUUCUAUCUCUUUAAUUUCUUUGCUUUUUAACAAAUACAAUGUUAUGAUUUUUGAUUUUACAUUACUUUUGAAGUGUCAGUAAAAGGUCAAUAAAGUGCUACUUCUUUAUCAUUUUAAA